AUGGUUCAGUAUAGGUGGAUGUCCUACUUGUUGUGGUUCCUUGUUUUCCUUGCUAAAUUGGUUGAAUCUUAUUUCUUCUUGACUUUGUCUUUAAGAGAUCCAAUCAGAAACUUGUCUACCAUGACCAUGAGAUGUGUCGGUGAAGUUUGGUACGGUGACGUUGUUUGUAGAAAUCAAGCCAAAAUUGUCUUGGGUUUGAUGUAUCUUGUUGAUUUGUUAUUGUUCUUCUUGGAUACUUAUAUGUGGUACAUUAUCUGUAACUGUAUCUUCUCCAUUGGUCGUUCCUUCUACUUGGGUAUUUCCAUCUUGACUCCAUGGAGAAACAUUUUCACCAGAUUGCCAAAGAGAAUCUACUCCAAGAUUUUGGCCACCACUGAAAUGGAAAUCAAGUACAAACCAAAGGUUUUGAUCUCCCAAAUUUGGAAUGCUAUUGUCAUUUCCAUGUACAGAGAACAUUUAUUGGCUAUUGAUCACGUUCAAAAAUUGUUGUACCACCAAGUUCCAUCUGAAAUUGAAGGUAAGAGAACUUUGAGAGCCCCAACUUUCUUUGUUUCCCAAGAUGACAACAAUUUUGAAACAGAAUUCUUCCCAAGAAACUCUGAAGCUGAAAGAAGAAUUUCUUUCUUUGCUCAAUCCUUGGCUACUCCAAUGCCAGAACCUUUGCCAGUCGACAACAUGCCAACUUUCACUGUUUUCACUCCUCAUUAUUCCGAAAAGAUUUUGUUAUCUUUAAGAGAAAUUAUUAGAGAAGAUGAUCAAUUCUCCAGAGUCACUUUAUUGGAAUACUUGAAACAAUUGCACCCAGUUGAAUGGGAUUGUUUUGUUAAGGACACAAAGAUUUUGGCUGAAGAAACUGCUGCUUAUGAAAACGGUGAUGAUUCUGAAAAAUUAUCAGAAGAUGGUUUGAAAUCCAAGAUUGAUGACUUGCCAUUCUACUGUAUUGGUUUCAAAUCCGCUGCUCCAGAAUAUACUUUGAGAACUAGAAUUUGGGCUUCUUUGAGAUCCCAAACUUUGUACAGAACUGUUUCCGGUUUCAUGAACUAUGCCAGAGCUAUCAAAUUGUUGUAUAGAGUUGAAAACCCUGAAUUAGUUCAAUACUUUGGAGGUGAUCCAGAAGGUUUAGAAUUGGCUUUGGAAAGAAUGGCCAGAAGAAAGUUCAGAUUUUUGGUUUCUAUGCAAAGAUUAUCCAAAUUCAAAGAUGAUGAAAUGGAAAAUGCCGAAUUCUUGUUGCGUGCCUACCCAGACUUGCAAAUUGCUUACUUAGAUGAAGAACCAGCUUUGAAUGAAGACGAAGAACCAAGAGUCUAUUCUUCCUUGAUUGAUGGUCAUUGUGAAAUGUUAGAAAAUGGUAGACGUCGUCCUAAAUUCAGAGUGCAAUUGUCUGGUAACCCAAUCUUGGGUGAUGGUAAAUCUGAUAACCAAAAUCAUGCUGUUAUUUUCCACAGAGGUGAAUAUAUCCAAUUGAUUGAUGCCAAUCAAGAUAACUAUUUGGAAGAAUGUUUGAAGAUUAGAUCUGUUUUGGCUGAGUUUGAAGAAUUGAAUGUUGAACAUGUUAACCCAUAUGCUCCAACCAUGAAGAAUGAUGAAAACAACAUCAAGAAGGAUCCAGUUGCAUUCUUGGGUGCCAGAGAAUAUAUUUUCUCUGAAAACUCUGGUGUUUUGGGUGAUGUCGCUGCCGGUAAAGAACAAACUUUCGGUACUUUGUUUGCUAGAACUUUGGCUCAAAUUGGUGGUAAAUUGCAUUAUGGUCACCCGGAUUUCUUGAAUGCUACAUUUAUGUUGACCAGAGGUGGUGUUUCCAAGGCACAAAAGGGAUUGCAUUUGAAUGAAGAUAUUUAUGCCGGUAUGAAUGCCAUGAUGAGAGGUGGUAAGAUCAAGCAUUGUGAAUACUACCAAUGUGGUAAAGGUAGAGAUUUGGGUUUCGGUUCUAUUUUGAAUUUCACUACCAAGAUUGGUGCUGGUAUGGGUGAACAAAUGUUGUCUAGAGAAUAUUUCUACUUGGGUACUCAACUUCCAUUGGACAGAUUCUUGUCAUUCUACUAUGGUCAUCCAGGUUUCCAUAUCAAUAACUUGUUUAUUCAAUUGUCUUUACAAGUUUUCAUCUUGGUUUUGGCAAACUUGAACUCUUUGGCUCAUGAAUCUAUUAUCUGUUCUUACAAUAAAGAUGUCCCAAUUACUGAUGUCUUGUAUCCAUUUGGUUGUUACAAUCUUUCUCCAGCUGUUGAUUGGAUUAGACGUUAUACUUUGUCUAUCUUUAUUGUUUUCUUCAUUUCCUUCAUCCCAUUGGUUGUCCAAGAAUUGAUCGAAAGAGGUGUUUGGAAAGCAUUCCAAAGAUUCGUUAGACACUUUAUUUCAUUGUCUCCAAUGUUUGAAGUUUUCGUUGCUCAAAUCUAUUCUUCAUCUGUUUUCACUGAUUUGACUGUUGGUGGUGCUAGAUAUAUUUCCACUGGUAGAGGUUUUGCUACUUCUAGAAUUCCAUUUUCAAUCUUGUACUCACGUUUUGCUGAUUCAUCUAUUUACAUGGGUGCUAGAUUGAUGUUGAUUUUGUUGUUUGGUACUGUUUCCCACUGGCAAGCACCAUUGUUGUGGUUCUGGGCUUCAUUGUCUUCAUUGAUGUUCUCACCAUUUAUUUUCAACCCACAUCAAUUUGCUUGGGAAGAUUUCUUCAUUGAUUACAGAGAUUUCAUCAGAUGGUUGUCUAGAGGUAACACCAAAUGGCACAGAAACUCCUGGAUUGGUUACGUUAGACUUUCUAGAUCUCGUAUCACUGGUUUCAAACGUAAGUUGACUGGUGAUGUUUCUGAAAAGGCUGCUGGUGAUGCUUCAAGAGCCCACAGAUCCAAUGUGUUCUUUGCCGACUUUUUGCCAACUUUGAUUUACACUGCUGGUCUUUAUGUCGCCUACACUUUUAUCAAUGCUCAAACUGGUGUCACUUCAUAUAGUUAUGAAAUCAAUGGUUCUACUGAUCCACAAGAAGUCAAUGCUACAUUGAGACUUAUCAUUUGUGCCUUGGCCCCGGUUGUUAUUGACUGUGGUUGUUUGGCCGUUUGUGUUGGUAUGGCCUGUUGUGCUGGUCCAAUGUUGGGCUUGUGUUGUAAAAAGACUGGUGCCGUCAUUGCUGGUAUUGCCCAUGGUGUUGCUGUCAUUGUCCACAUUGUCUUUUUCAUUGUCAUGUGGGUUACUGAAGGUUUCAACUUUGCUAGAAUGUUGUUAGGUUUAGCCACCAUGGUUUAUGUUCAAAGAUUAUUGUUCAAGUUCUUGACCUUGUGUUUCUUGACUAGAGAAUUCAAGAAUGAUAAAGCCAACACUGCUUUCUGGACUGGUAAAUGGUACAACACUGGUAUGGGUUGGAUGGCAUUUACUCAACCAUCUCGUGAAUUUGUUGCCAAGAUCAUUGAAAUGUCUGAAUUUGCUGGUGAUUUCAUGUUGGCCCAUAUUAUCUUGUUCUGUCAAUUACCAAUCUUGUGUAUUCCAUUAAUUGAUAGAUGGCACUCCAUGAUGUUGUUCUGGUUGAAACCAUCCAGAUUAAUCAGACCUCCAAUCUAUUCCUUAAAACAAGCCAGAUUAAGAAAGAGAAUGGUUAGAAAAUACUGUGUUUUGUACUUUACUGUUUUGAUUAUGCUUGUUGUUAUUAUUGCCGCUCCAGCUGCUGCCUCUGGUCAAAUUGCUGUUGAUCAAUUUGCCAAUAUUGGUGGUUCUGGAUCCAUUGCUAAUGGUUUGUUCCAACCAAGAAAUGUCAGUAAUAAUGAUACUGGUAAUCAUAAACCAAAAUCAUACACUUGGAGUUUCUUGAGUACCCGUUUCACUGGUACUACCAAGGGUUAUUCCACAAAUCCAUUUUAG